AUGCGGAAUGUAGGACGAGGACCGACAGCAGAGGACGUAGGAGACGCGCAGCUGUCGACUGAAACAGUCACGCAGAUGCGCCGAAUGACUGGUGCAGCGCUCCCGGAGCAGUGCGGUCCCGCUCGCAGAAUCUGUGCGGCAGCGCGAAUUAGCGGCGGCCAAGAGCCGGCCAGAGCGGGGUCCGCGCUGCCCGCGUCGCCCGAGGCGGCCGUAAUUAAAACGCCGGCGCCGACGACGCAAUAUCCCUGUGGGCGGCGUGUGCCGGUAUGCGCCGUGGUUCACUGCGGCCGCGCGACACCGCCGUCCGCCGUCCGCUGCUGGCAUAACUCGUGCCGGCCCACAGGUUUUCACAACGCAUUCCUGUGGAUUCCAAGGCAAGGAGGAGAAGGCAAGGAGGAGAAGGCAAGGAGGAGAAGGCAAGGAGGAGAAGGCAAGGAGGAGAAGGCAAGGAGGAGAAGGCAAGGAGGAGAAGGCAAGGAGGAGAAGGCAAGGAGGAGAAGGCAAGGAGGAGAAGGCAAGGAGGAGAAGGCAAGGAGGAGAAGGCAAGGAGGAGAAGGCAAGGAGGAGAAGGCAAGGAGGAGAAGGCAAGGAGAAGGCAAGGAGAAGGCAAGGAGAAGGCAAGGAGAAGGCAAGGAGAAGGCAAGGAGAAGGCAAGGAGAAGGCAAGGAGAAGGCAAGGAGAAGGCAAGGAGAAGGCAAGGAGAAGGCAAGGAGAAGGCAAGGAGAAGGCAAGGAGAAGGCAAGGAGAAGGCAAGGAGAAGGCAAGGAGAAGGCAAGGAGAAGGCAAGGAGAAGGCAAGGAGAAGGCAAGGAGAAGGCAAGGAGAAGGCAAGGAGAAGGCAAGGAGAAGGCAAGGAGAAGGCAAGGAGAAGGCAAGGAGAAGGCAAGGAGAAGGCAAGGAGAAGGCAAGGUGA